ACUUCCUCUUGGGUUUUUAUACAUUCGUCACAUGAUGUAUAGCUUUCCAUCGUAUGUCAUCAAUAGAAACUGGCAUAGUUUCGUUAACGAACACUGUUUCACUACAGCUAAACUUUAUACGUAAUGCACAUCGCAGAAUGAGAUCAUGAAUAUGUAUCUGAUUUUUGUCAGCGUGAAUUUUCUGAUCAUUUCCACUUGUUCAGUUACCGAUGGACAGGUGCCAGGCGGGGUGGUCUAUACCGAUUUGCAAAGGACGGUGCAGAAAGGGGAAGAGGCUGUUCUACGAUGCCAGUUCUAUGGAGCGCCAAUCGCGGUUUACUGGAAGAAGGGAGACGACCCAACGACCUCUCCCAACCUGAUCACGUGGGUGGAAGGGGAACCCCAAUCCGGGUCAUGCGUUUAUGACAAGUCAUGUGACAUCGGUACUGAUUAUUCUCUAACGAUCAAGAGAGUUGAGGUUCGAGACCAUGGAAGAUAUAUAUGCCGUGUUUCAAACUACUUAGGGAUACUUAUCCACAACUUCACUGACAUUUUAGUAAUUGCACGUCCAGAGGAUCCCUAUCCUGUGAUCGAAAACUGUAACGAGAGGGCGCCCUCCAACCCAAACGAACCUUGUAACAUUACAACCAAACAUCCCACUGAAAUCAAAUGCUCUGUAAAUGGUUACUUCCCUACCGUCGACCUUUUCUUCCUCCGCGACCUUCAACACGUCGCUCUAUCCCGAACUGAAGAAGUGGUCAAUGAUGACGGGACGAAGAACAGAUCGAUCGUCAUCGAUGCCGUCAUCGGUGAAUGGACUUACAUCUGUGUCGUAUCAAGCAUUCCCGGAACUCCUGGACAAAGGGCAACGCAAAUUGUUGUUCGUAUGGAAGAUUUCUCGGCGAUGCUACCACUUACAACUGUUUCUUCGAAGGAAAGGAAAAAGUACCACAUUAUUACAAUUGUUGCACCAGUAUCAUCACUUUUAUCACUGGUUGUGGUUGUGAUUGUGAUUGUCAAGUGCUUACAUUGGCGCAGAACUUUGAUAAUAAAAGAUGACGUUGAAAAGGGAGACAAAGAUCCACUCCCGAUAAUCCAAGGAAAUAUAUCCUUCUAUGAGCUGUGGCUACUGAUUUUCAGUGAUGACGCGGACGAUCAGCUUGACAAGAUGUGUAAGCUACGUCAGACACUCCGAAAUUUAGGCGUUCCUGAUGUUGCCGACGACCUGGAUGGGGCGCAGACGUAUGAUGUCUUCUGUAAGUGGAAGGAUGGUCACAGGCAGGAUACACAAGCUAUGGACCUAAGGAGAGCCCUGUCAGCUGCGGGAUUGGAUAGCGAGUGGCGAUGUUUAUACGAUUCAAGACAGCAAAUGGAUGUGGGUCUUUCUGAAGAUGAAUUUCAACACAUCCUAUGGCAUAUUGGAGACCCAGACAGGACGAACAAUUUGCUAGGUGAACUCAUACCUGGAAAACGAAUAAGUACUGCAGGAAAGAUGAAGGACAUUAUCGCAAGAGCAGUUGCAGUGCUGACUGAAUGGGAGGGAUCUAUUCAAGGGAAUUCAAAGGUCUCGAUGAGUCUGGCUCUGGAGAAAGUAGAAUGCAGCCCUGUUGACAGAGAGUUCUUUGUUGUGCCUGAACCUUUGCUAGAAGAAAUCGACGAAAUGGAAAUUGUUGGAUUCGUUCAACGACUGACGAGCAGGCAUGUGAAAAGGCUGUCCGAUUCCUUUGGGAUAAUCGUCAAGGAUCUUGAAGAUUUUCUCGCGGCAAGUGAUAGGACACCGCUUUUUGACACACAGGGACUGAUUCUUGAUUGGAUCAGGAAAGAGGAAUGUAGCAAUUUCGAGAAGAGGCGCAGGCUGAAUGGUGCAAUAUGUGCUGCUGGCCGUGAGGAUGUCAAAGGUCACUUUGGAGCUACCAUCCUCUACGCUCAAGGCAAUAAGAAUGUUCAACAGAUUCCAACUGCACUUAUACAUGAUUUUGGUGGCAUAUCAGAGCAAGAGAUUCUUCGAAUAGCUUCAUAUCUCUCACCUACCGAGAUGGAUAAGCUAAACAUUGGGGAAGGGUCGGAUGAGGUGGAACGAGUGAAGGAUUGGGUUAAGAGUCUGCUGAAGAAAGAGAAUACGUCUGGAGGCUGCAGGAAAAUGGUCCAUGAUGCUCUGAAACAGGUCGAAUGUCAAGGGUUGGUGCCAUUUCCACUUCAAGACAAGACAUGUUUGGUUGAACUUCUUGACCUCGCUUUUCGACUUCUCAUGACCGACAUUCGACCUUUCACCCAUGCUCUUGGUGUAUCUGGACAGAGAUUCUUGAAAUACAGGAACAGCUUCACCUCAAAUCAACUCUCAAAUGGCACCCUUGGUCUUUUGGAGAAGAUAAGCCACAAGGUGAAAAACAAGAGAAGUGUCAUGUGCAGUGUACUUGCCAAAGCCGGUUACAACAAUCUCGCUGUGCUGACGAAACACGGUAAGAUGUGA